CUGGCAGUCUCUGGUCUCAAAGUACAUUUUAGAGAUGGCUCUGAAAGGCAUCAAAGUUCUCGAAUUCGCUGGUCUUGCACCAGGCCCAUUCUGCGGAAUGAUCUUGGCCGAUUUUGGUGCAAGCGUCUUAAGGAUCGAUAAGGUUAAUAACAACACUAAUUUAGAUGUGUUGUCCAAUGGUAAGCAAUCUCUAGCUGUGAAUUUAAAAUCUCCUGAAGGUAUAGACAUUAUCAAACAAUUAUCCAAGGAGUAUGAUGUGCUAAUAGAACCAUUCCGUGCUGGAGUUAUGGAGAAUCUUGGAAUUGGUCCUAAGAUUUUAUUGGAAAAUAACCCAAAGUUGAUUUAUGCCCGGUUAACAGGUUUUGGACAAGAUGGUCCUUACAGCAAGAGAGCAGGCCAUGAUAUAAACUAUAUUGGUCUCAGUGGCCUUCUGUCAAUGUUUAGUAGAGUUAAUGAGAAGCCUAUGUUUCCAGCAAAUUUAGCAGCCGAUUUCGGCGGAGGCGGAUUGAUGUGCGCAAUGGGAAUCCUUAUGGCGUUGUACGAAAGGACAAACUCAGGUUUAGGACAAAUCGUCGAUUGCAACAUGGUCGAAGGCAGUUCUUACUUGGGUAGUUGGUUACUCAGAUCUCAAAAGUUACCGAUUUGGGGUAACAAACCGGGUGAAAACGUAUUGGAUUCAGGGGCACAUUUUUACGAAGUCUACGAGACCAAAGAUGGAAAAUAUGUAACAGUAGGCCCGUUGGAAAUGCAAUUCUACAAAGAGUUGUUAGACGGUUUAGAAUUGGAAGAACUAGACUAUUUCGACUUUAAGAACGGAAAAGAAGUUUUAACGAAGAUAUUCCUAACGAAAACAAGAGACGAAUGGUCUAAAAUAUUCGAUGAGAAAGAUGCCUGUGUAUUCCCGGUGCUAACUGCAGAAGAAGCAACUGAACAUAAGCACACCAAAUGCAAUUUCAUGAAAGAUGAAACAACCGUCAUUCCUAAACCAGGAGUAAAGCUAAGCAGGACUCCAGCAAAAACGACGGCUUUCAAGAAAAGUCCGCAAUGUGGAGAAGAUUCGAUCGAUGUUUUGAAAGACUUGGGAUAUUCAGAAGAGAAUAUCUGGAAUUUGUGUAAGAAAGGCAUCAUAAAGACGCACAAAUCUAAAUUGUAAUUUCGUUUAACAACAACAAAAUGUUCGACCUCAAUUCCAAAACAUCGACGUCCUCGUGAGCAGAGAAUAAAAGCAAAAUUUCUUUGAUUCUUUGCAAAUCAAAUAUGGAAUGGUUAUCAGUUUUCUGCAGUCGCUUCGAACAAAUAUACUUUAGAAAAUCAAA